AUGCCGACUAAUACUCUCAGUUCGCCCAUUCUCUACCAGGCACGCAACUCCUCCUUUCUCUCUUCUCUUUACAUCUUUUCAAUCCUUCAUCUUGGUCCGACGCAUCAUCAUCCAUCAGUCUUUGCAGGAUUCCCAUACGCAUCUUAUCGGUCAAACAUCACCUUCUUCGAGCAUCACGAGCAACACCAGGAGGAGAAGCGACACAUUUUCCUGCCCUCUUGCCACGACUCAGCUCGGGGGCCCGGUGUAGGCGAAAUCACCAUACACAACGAAGACGAGCAAAUCACUCAGCUCACGAAUCUCGACCAAACAUCCAACAGAAUCGAGACAUAUCAUCACUCUCUGGUUGUCUUCAUCAACGGAGCUCGUCCUCAAGCAGGGCUUCCACUCUCUUGGAACGUGACUUUUGCCCCAACGUCACACCACAACCUCUCUGGGACUCUGGCUCCUGACACCCAUCGAACCUUCACUCGCGCCAAGCAAGAAGCCAUUCUCAGAUUCCUGGAAACUGUGAAGUCGCAGAGCUUCGACAGCCGGUGGCAAAAAGUCAUUAUUGCUGUCUCUAACGAUGCCUCCAUGGCAAGAGUAGUGGGGUUUCUGGAAACUGACGACUCCAACCACGAUUCUCACCCUGCGGGUCACCAGAUCACCGAACUAGGGACGAGCUUGGCCAUAUCCCGAGAGCUAAAGGAAAUACGGAAUAUGAAGAAUGGGCUGAGCGUCCAGUUCUGGCUUGUGCCAAAGAAAGAGAUCGUGCUACCUUCGCAGCCGCCUCCAACGAGUUGA